CCUCCCUUUCCCCCGCAUCGGCCUCCACCCCAUUCUCAACCUUCUCUACUCUGGACUAUCUCGCUCAAUCUCAUUCUCUCUCUCACACACCAACACACACAUCUGCAUACAUACAGAUACAGCGUAUAUGGAAUCACUAAAUACAUUGCCAUAAAUUCGAUUCAUUUAUUUAUUUCAUUUUCCCAUAUCCAUGCUGUCAUCUCCUUCACAACAAACAAAAAACUGAUGAAACAUUAAUGAAAUAUGGAGGCUAUUUGUAAUCAACCCUCUUAAUUUUCUAUCACUUUCUUGUGUCAAUUUUUUGGUUUCUUCUUAUUUAUUUUCGUCUUUUUAAAUGUAAUAAAGCAAAAGCGACAGCUGCAAAUGGAGGAUGAAAGGAACAAUCUUUUGCCAAAUUACUCUUUAGCCCCAAUUUUCAGCCAAGUUCUUGCUGCUGGAUGCCCUAUACACCAAACUAUUUAUUCAUAGGAAAGGAGGACAAGCUUUGGUGUUCAAAGAGCCAUGGCUUAUACUAAUUCAAGAUCUGUGAGAUUUCAUGAUGAUGUUGAAUUUGGGAAUUUCAAUAGUGACAAUUUGUUUAAGGUGCACUACAAGAUCGAUGGAACACGGGUGCCAGAGUCGAGCACUAAGAAGACCGAAAAGCUGACUGAUAAGGGUGGAAAAUCGUUGAAAGCCAAGGUGUUGUCUCGCGUCUUUUCAGAGGAUUAUGAGAGAGUAAAGAAGAGGAUUUUGGAUCCUCGGGGGCCUGCAAUCCGUAGAUGGAACAAGAUUUUCCUAGUAGCUUGUUUAGUAUCUUUGUUUGUCGACCCCCUAUUCUUUUACCUGCCCGUGGUGAGGCAGAAUCUGUGCAUCGACAUAGGAUUCACCCUUGAAGUUGUGUUAACAAUCAUAAGAUCAAUAGCAGAUGCCUUUUAUGCAAUCCAGAUUUACAUCAAGUUUCGCACUGCAUAUGUGGCGCCUUCCUCUCGUGUAUUUGGGAGAGGGGAGCUUGUGAUUGACUCGAAGAAGAUAGCUUCAAGGUACCUCCGGUGCUACUUCUGGCUUGAUGCCAUCUGCGCCCUUCCUCUCCCUCAGAUGCUGAUUUGGGGGAUUAUCCCUAGCCUGAGAGGUUCAACAAUGACCAACACCAAGAAUGUGCUUAGGUUCAUAAUCAUAUUCCAAUACAUUCCAAGACUUUUUCUUAUGUUUCCUCUCUCCUCACAAAUUGUGAAGGCUACUGGUGUUGUCACAGAAACAGCUUGGGCUGGAGCUGCUUACAAUCUCAUGCUAUACAUGCUUGCAAGCCAUGUUUUAGGUGCUUCUUGGUAUCUUCUAUCAAUUGAGAGGCAAGAGGCUUGCUGGAGGCAUGCCUGUGACCUUGAAUCCUCGUCAUGUCUGUACAAAUACUUUGACUGCCGUAGGGUCAUGGAGACCGGAAGGAAUGCAUGGUUCUUGUCCAGCAAUGUUACGAAUCAGUGUAAUCCGGAUAAGAGCCAUUAUCCUUUUGGCAUCUAUGGAGAUGCUGUAUCUUUCGACGUCACAUCAGCAAGCUUCUUCAACAAGUACUUCUACUGCCUCUGGUGGGGUCUGAAGAACCUUAGCUCUCUGGGGCAGAAUCUUGCUACAAGCACCUAUGUUGGAGAGAUUAGCUUUGCCAUCAUUAUGGCGACGCUUGGUCUCGUCUUGUUUGCGUUGCUCAUCGGAAAUAUGCAGACGUAUCUUCAAUCGACAACGGUUAGAUUAGAAGAGUGGAGAAUACGAAGAACAGAUACCGAGCAGUGGAUGCACCAUCGGCAGCUGCCUCAAGAGCUGAGGCAGUCGGUGCGCAAGUAUGAUCAGUACAAAUGGGUUGCCACGAGAGGCGUUGACGAGGAAGUUCUGCUCAAGGGCCUCCCUCUCGAUCUGAGACGCGACAUCAAGCGCCACCUCUGCUACGACCUUGUUCGAAGGGUGCCCCUCUUCGACCAGAUGGACGAGAGGAUGUUGGACGCGAUAUGCGAGAGGCUGAAGCCCGCGCUGUGCACAGAGGGCACGUGCCUAGUGCGGGAGGGCGAUCCCGUUAAUGAAAUGCUAUUCAUUAUACGGGGGAACCUUGAUUCCUACACCACGAAUGGCGGUCGGACCGGGUUCUUCAACUCCUGCCGCAUCGGUCCAGGGGACUUCUGCGGGGAGGAGCUUCUCACGUGGGCCCUCGACCCCCGCCCGAGCGUCAUCCUCCCGUCCUCUACGAGGACGGUGAAGGCCAUAUCGGAGGUCGAGGCGUUCGCCCUCCGAGCCGAGGAUCUCAAGUUUGUGGCGGGGCAGUUUCGGAGGCUACAUAGCAAGCAACUAAGGCACAAGUUUAGAUUCUACUCCCACCAGUGGAGGGCUUGGGCUGCUUGCUUCAUUCAGGCAGCGUGGCGGCGAUACAAGAAGCGGAGGAGUGCGGCGGAGCUCCGGGCGUUGGAGAGUGUGGAUGAAGAGGCAUCGGAGCAAGCGGGUGAGGAGAAGGAGAUGCAUGUUUAUGCAGGGAGAUUGGGUGCUAGUAGGAGAGUUCUCAAGCAUACUGAUUCCGGUUCGAGUACAGCCGGUUCGCUGCAGAAGCCCACCGAACCGGACUUUUCCACCUUAGAGGAUGAGUAGAAAUCGGGAAAAUGUACAAUGUAAAGCUUUUAUUUGACAUUAUUCUUUUUUAUAUAUGUAUAAUAUUUUCGGUUACAAUGGAUUUGAAUGGUGAUCUUGUGAAGGACAUAGAUAAAUAAAAACUAUACUUAAUUUAGGCU